GAAGCAGCAGCUGAGACAACGCCGGGGAAGAGAAGCCGGGAGCCAGGAGGGGUCCCUGACGCCCGCGCCCUUCCCUGGGGCCAGAUUCUGCGGAUGCAUUGGGUGGCCAGGACUGGCGAGCAAGGUUACAAGCCUUUUAUGUAAGGAGCUGAAAGGGAAAUAAAAUAUACAGGAUGAAAAGAUGGCAAUGUUGCCACCCCCAGGACCUCAGAGCUUUGUCUACUUCACAAAACAGUCUCUUGCCCUCAUUGAACAGCGUAUUGCUGAGGGAAAAACAAAGGAACCCAAAGAAGAAAAGAAAGAUGAUGAUGAAGAAGGCCCAAAGCCAAGCAGUGACCUGGAAGCUGGUAAACAGCUGCCCUUCAUCUAUGGGGACAUUCCUCCAGGCAUGGUGUCACAGCCCCUAGAGGACCUGGACCCCUACUACGCAGACAAAAAAACUUUCAUAGUAUUGAACAAAGGGAAAGCAAUCUUCCGUUUCAAUGCCACACCUGCAUUGUACAUGCUCUCUCCUUUCUGUCCUCUAAGAAGAAUAUCUAUUAAGAUUUUAGUACACUCCUUAUUCGGCAUGCUUAUCAUGUGCACUAUUCUGACGAACUGCAUAUUUAUGACCAUGAAGAACCCUCCAGACUGGACCAAGAAUGUAGAGUACACUUUUACUGGAAUAUAUACUUUUGAAUCACUUAUAAAAAUCCUUGCAAGAGGCUUCUGUAUAGGACAAUUCACUUUCCUUCGUGACCCAUGGAACUGGCUUGAUUUUAUCGUCAUUGUUUUUGCGUAUUUAACAGAAUUUGUAAACCUAGGCAAUCUUUCAGCUCUUCGAACUUUCAGAGUGUUGAGAGCUUUGAAAACUAUUUCUGUAAUCCCAGGCCUGAAGACCAUUGUGGGGGCCCUGAUCCAGUCUGUAAAGAAGCUCUCGGAUGUCAUGAUCCUGACUGUGUUCUGUCUGAGCGUGUUCGCGCUGAUCGGGCUGCAGCUCUUCAUGGGCAACCUGAAGCACAAGUGUGUGCAGUCUUCACAUGACAUUAACGUGACCGUACCAGAUAUGUCCGAAGAAGAGUACUAUAGAAAAAAUUUUUAUUACUUGGAGGGAUCUAAAGAUGCUCUCCUUUGUGGUUUCAGCACAGACUCAGGUCAGUGCCCAGAAGGGUACAAAUGUGUGAAAGCAGGCAGAAACCCCGACUAUGGCUACACAAGCUUUGACACUUUCGGCUGGGCCUUCUUAGCCUUGUUUCGGCUAAUGACCCAGGAUUACUGGGAAAACCUUUACCAACAGACACUGCGUGCUGCUGGGAAAACCUACAUGAUCUUCUUUGUUGUGGUGAUUUUCCUGGGCUCUUUUUAUCUAAUAAACUUGAUCCUGGCUGUGGUUGCGAUGGCCUAUGAAGAACAGAACCAGGCAAACAUUGAAGAAGCUAAGCAGAAAGAGUUAGAGUUUCAACAGAUGUUAGAUCGACUUAAAAAAGAGCAAGAAGAAGCUGAGGCAAUAGCGAUAGCAGCCGCUGAAUACACAAGUAUGGGAAGAAGCCGAAUUAUGGGCGUCUCGGAGAGUUCUUCUGAUACAUCCAAGCUAAGCUCUAAAAGUGCUAAGGAAAGAAGAAACAGAAGAAAGAAAAAGAAUCAAAAGAAGCUCUCCAGUGGCGAAGAAAAGGGAGAUGAUGAGAAAUUGUCCAAAUCGGAAUCAGAUGAGUGUAUCAGAAGAAAAAGUUUCCACCUUGGUGUUGGAGGUCACAGGCGAGCACAUGAAAAGAGAUUGUCUACCCCUAAUCAGUCACCACUCAGCAUUCGUGGCUCCUUAUUUCCUCAAAGGCGCAGCAGCAGAACAAGUCUUUUUAGUUUCAAAGGUCGAGGAAGGGACCUGGGAUCUGAGACUGAAUUUGCCGAUGACGAGCACAGCAUUUUCGGAGACACUGAGAGCAGAAGGGGCUCCUUGUUUGUACCCCACAGACCUCGGGAGCGGCGCAGCAGUAACGUCAGUCAGGACAGUAGGUCCCCCCCAGGGCUGCUGGUCAGCGGGAAGAUGCACAGUGCCGUGGACUGCAAUGGUGUGGUCUCCCUGGUUGAUGGACCCUCAGCCCUCAUGCUCCCCAAUGGACAGCUUCUGCCAGAGGUGAUAAUAGAUAAGGCAACUUCUGAUGACAGCGGUACAACCAAUCAAAUACACAAGAAGAGACGUUCCAGUUCUUAUCUCCUUUCUGAAGAUAUGUUGAAUGAUCCCAAUCUCAGACAAAGAGCAAUGAGUAGAGCAAGUAUAUUGACAAACACUGUAGAAGAACUUGAAGAGUCUAGACAGAAAUGUCCACCUUGGUGGUACAGAUUUGCACACACAUUCCUGAUCUGGAAUUGCUCUCCAUAUUGGAUACAAUUUAAAAAGCUUAUGUAUUCUAUUGUAAUGGAUCCUUUUGUAGAUCUUGCUAUUACCAUUUGCAUAGUUUUAAACACAUUGUUUAUGGCUAUGGAGCAUCACCCAAUGACUGAUGAAUUUAAAAACGUGCUUGCUGUGGGAAAUUUGGUCUUUACUGGGAUCUUUGCAGCUGAAAUGGUUUUAAAACUAAUUGCCAUGGAUCCAUAUGAGUAUUUCCAAGUAGGAUGGAAUAUUUUUGACAGCAUUAUUGUGACUUUAAGUUUAGUGGAGCUUUUUCUAUCACAUGUGGACGGAUUGUCAGUUCUGCGAUCAUUCAGACUGCUCCGAGUUUUCAAACUAGCAAAAUCUUGGCCAACACUGAACAUGCUGAUUAAGAUCAUUGGUAAUUCAGUGGGGGCUCUGGGUAACCUCACCUUGGUGUUGGCCAUCAUCGUCUUCAUUUUUGCCGUGGUCGGCAUGCAGCUGUUUGGUAAGAGCUACAAAGAAUGUGUCUGCAAGAUCUCUGAUGACUGUGAGCUCCCACGCUGGCACAUGAAUGACUUCUUUCACUCUUUCCUGAUUGUGUUCCGCGUGCUGUGUGGAGAGUGGAUAGAGACCAUGUGGGACUGCAUGGAGGUCGCCGGUCAAGCCAUGUGCCUUACUGUCUUCAUGAUGGUCAUGGUCAUUGGGAACCUGGUGGUCCUCAACCUAUUCCUGGCUUUAUUACUUAGCUCAUUUAGUUCAGACAAUCUUACACCAGUUGAAGAAGAUACUGAUGCAAACAACCUCCAGAUUGCAGUGGCCAGAAUUAACAAGGGAAUACAUUAUGUGAAACAAACCAUAGGUGAAUUUAUUCUAAAAGAAUUUCCUAAAAAGCCAAAGAUUUCCAAAGAGAUAAAACGAGCAGAAGAUCUAAAUAAUACGGAGGAAAAAUAUAUCUCUAACAGUAUACUUGCUGAAAUGAGCAAAGAUCACAAUUUUCAGAAGGAAAAAGAUAAAACCAGUGGUUUUGGAAGGACCAUAGACAAAUAUUUGAUGGAAGAAAGUGACUACCAGUCAUUUUUGCAUGAUCCCAACCUCACAGUGACAGUGCCAAUUGCACCUGGAGAAUCAGAUUUGGAGAAUAUGAAUACCGAGGAACUUAGCAGUGAUUCAGAUAGUGAAUACAGCAAAGGGAGACUGAACCAACUGAGUUCUUCUGAGUGCAGCACAAUUGAUAACCCUGUGCCAGGAGAAGGAGAAGAAGCGGAGGCUGAACCUAUAAAUUCAGAUGAGCCAGAGGCCUGUUUUACAGAUGGUUGUGUACGGAGGUUCCCAUGUUGCCAAGUUAACAUAGAGUCAGGGAAGGGAAGAAUCUGGUGGAACAUCAGGAAAACCUGCUACAGGAUAGUUGAGCAUAAUUGGUUUGAAAGCUUUAUUGUUCUCAUGAUCCUGCUCAGCAGUGGUGCUCUGGCAUUUGAAGAUAUAUAUAUUGAAAAGAAAAAGACCAUUAAGGUUAUCCUGGAGUAUGCUGACAAGAUAUUCACUUACAUCUUCAUCCUGGAAAUGCUUCUAAAAUGGAUCGCAUAUGGUUAUAAAACAUAUUUCACCAAUGCCUGGUGUUGGCUGGAUUUCUUAAUUGUUGAUGUUUCUUUGGUUACUUUAGUUGCAAACACUCUCGGCUUCUCAGACCUUGGCCCCAUUAAAUCCCUUCGGACACUUAGAGCUUUAAGACCUCUAAGAGCUUUAUCUAGAUUUGAAGGAAUGAGGGUGGUCGUGAAUGCACUCAUAGGUGCAAUUCCUUCCAUCAUGAAUGUGCUACUUGUGUGUCUGAUAUUCUGGUUAAUAUUUAGCAUCAUGGGAGUAAAUUUGUUUGCUGGCAAGUUCUAUGAGUGUGUUAACACCACAAAUGGGUCACGGUUUCCUGUAAGUCAAGUUAACAAUCGUUCCGAUUGUUUUGCACUGAUGAAUGUUAGUCAAAACGUACGAUGGAAAAACCUGAAGGUGAACUUUGAUAAUGUUGGACUUGGUUACCUGUCUUUGCUUCAAGUUGCAACAUUUAAGGGAUGGAUGGAUAUCAUGUAUGCAGCUGUUGAUUCUGUUGAUGUAAACGAACAACCCAUAUAUGAACACAGCCUCUACAUGUACAUUUAUUUUGUCAUCUUUAUCAUUUUUGGGUCAUUCUUCACUUUGAACUUGUUCAUUGGUGUCAUCAUAGAUAAUUUCAACCAACAGAAAAAAAAGCUUGGAGGUCAAGACAUCUUUAUGACAGAAGAACAGAAGAAAUACUAUAAUGCAAUGAAAAAGCUGGGAUCUAAGAAACCACAAAAGCCAAUACCUCGACCAGGGAACAAACUCCAAGGAUGUAUAUUUGACCUAGUAACAAAUCAAGUUUUUGAUAUCACCAUUAUGGUUCUUAUCUGCCUCAACAUGGGAACUAUGAUGGUAGAAAAAGAGGGACAAAGUCAAUACAUGACUGAUGUCUUAUACUGGAUAAAUGUGGUUUUUAUUAUCCUUUUCACUGGAGAAUGUGUGCUGAAACUGAUGUCCCUCAGACACUACUACUUCACUGUGGGGUGGAACAUUUUUGAUUUUGUGGUUGUGAUUCUCUCCAUCGUAGGAAUGUUUCUGGCUGAGCUGAUAGAAAAAUAUUUUGUGUCCCCUACCUUGUUCCGAGUGAUCCGUCUGGCCAGGAUUGGCCGAAUCCUACGUCUGAUCAAAGGGGCCAAGGGGAUCCGCACGCUGCUCUUUGCGCUGAUGAUGUCCCUUCCUGCAUUGUUUAACAUCGGCCUCCUGCUCUUCCUGGUCAUGUUCAUCUAUGCCAUCUUUGGAAUGUCCAACUUCGCCUAUGUUAAAAAGGAAGCUGGAAUUAAUGACAUGUUCAACUUCGAAACUUUUGGCAACAGCAUGAUCUGCCUGUUCCAGAUUACCACCUCUGCUGGCUGGGAUGGUUUGUUGGCACCUAUUCUCAACAGUGGACCUCCUGACUGCGACCCUGAGAUAGAACACCCUGGAAGCUCAGUUAAAGGAGACUGUGGGAACCCAUCUGUUGGGAUUUUCUAUUUUGUAAGUUACAUCAUCAUAUCAUUUCUGGUUGUGGUGAACAUGUACAUCGCCGUCAUCCUGGAGAACUUCAGUGUUGCUACUGAAGAAAGUACUGAACCUCUUAGCGAGGAUGACUUUGAGAUGUUCUACGAGGUUUGGGAGAAGUUUGAUCCCGAUGCCACCCAGUUUAUAGAGUUCUCCAAGCUCUCUGAUUUUGCAGCUGCCCUGGAUCCUCCUCUUCUCAUAGCAAAACCAAACAAAGUCCAGCUUAUCGCCAUGGAUCUGCCCAUGGUCAAUGGCGACCGGAUCCACUGCCUCGACAUUUUAUUUGCCUUUACAAAGCGUGUUUUGGGUGAGAGUGGAGAGAUGGACUCUCUUCGUUCACAGAUGGAAGACAGGUUCAUGUCAGCAAAUCCUUCUAAAGUUUCCUAUGAGCCCAUCACAACUACACUGAAACGAAAACAAGAGGAUGUGUCUGCUACUCUCAUUCAGCGUGCUUACAGACGUCACCGCUUACGGCAAAAUGUCAAAAAUAUAUCAAGUAUAUACAUAAAAGAUGGAGACAGAGAUGAUGAUUUAACCAAUAAAAAAGAGAUGGUUUUUGGCAACGUUAAUGAGAAAUCAAGUCCAGAAAAAACAGAUGCAACUGCAUCCACCAAUUCUCCACCUUCGUAUGAUAGUGUAACAAAACCAGACAAAGAGAAACAUGAAAAAGACAAAACAGAAAAAGAAGACAAAGGAAAAGAUGGCAAGGAAAGCAAAUAAUAGAGCUUCAUAUGUGAUACAGUGUCUACAGCCUGUGAAGGUGAUAUAUUUGUGUUAAUAAGACUCUUUUAAGGAGGUCUAUGCCAAAACUUUUUAUCAAAAUAUUCUCAAAGUCAGUGCAGUCACUAGCUCUGCUUCCCUAAGAUAGGUGGGCAGUGUUAGCAGAUGGCUAUUUUUGCACUGGUAAAUGAUUCUGUAAGAAUUGUAAGAGUAACUCUAUAAGGAUUACUGAUUACAGCAAGCCAAGGAAAUUUAAUUUUAUUUGUUUUUAAUAAAUCAUAAGACCAUAUAGAAAAAUAUUCACAUCUGCCUUGUCAUCUUUUCACAGGAUUGCAAAUAUUCAUGUUUCCCUUGCAGAUAAAAUACAAACACACACACACACACACACACACACACACACACACACACACACCCUGUCAUUUGGAUAUCUACAAAAGUAUUUUGUCUUGGCUUUGCAAUGAAAUGUCCUGAUAGAAGGAAUGGACAUUAAUAGUGAAUGUUUAAUUAAAACAUCUUAUUAUUAGGGAGCAAGACUCUUUUAUCCAUGUAAAGAGGUCACUCUAGAUUUUGAGGUGCUUAAAUGUAUUCUAUAUUGCAUCAAAACCAAUUUAUAUGUAUCUGUAAAAUGCUAUGGGAUUAAAAACAGGUAGGCUAUACAUUUCAACAAAUACUUUUCAUUCUUCUUGACUCAUAUAACCACCGGGAUAAGAUUUACCUUUAGAGUAUUGUGCUUCAUAGUCUGUCUUUUUUAUAUUCUUCUUUGUUCAUACAGCAACCACAGAACAUGAAAAAUUAUUCUAAGUACUUAUCACAUUCCUCAAAAGAAAAAAAUAAAGAUAGUUGAGACAAGAAGCCACUGAAGAAAGCUUGAUUUACUAUUAUUUAUGCAUUCUAACACUGGACUGCGCUGCCAAUCAUACCAAUAAUGACCCAACUUUUAAGCUCCUUUGUCACAUUUUUCUGCUUGCUCAUGCAGUAUUGUGUAGCCAUCCUUUAGCACUAAGCAGCGUUGAUAUUUCCUCCCAGUGAAGUGCUCCCUGAUGUACAGGUGGCUGUCAUAUCUGCACAGAUCAUGAUGUGGGCACAGUAUUUACUGCAUCACCUGUACAAAACCUUAAAUGUGCACAGCAAGCUUUCAAGUCAUAAUGUAAGGCAGCCUUUCAACUCAGACUUGUCUGUGGUAUGAAUGAAAGCGCAUUCAACUGGGAUUCUUACCAACUUGCUUUCUUGCCACUUAACUUUCCUAAUUUAUACUAGUAAUCCUUUGGGGACUCUAUCAUCUGUAAAAUGAGGCAGAUGACACUUUCUGCUUAAAAUGCUAUGAUUAUGAGGUAUAUUAUGCAUCAAUCAAUAAAGUACCCUGAGCUUAUAAUUCACCAAGCACAUUUUGCUUAGCUGUUGUUCUCCUACUGAGGAUUAUAAAUCUAGUUUUUAAGAAAUUCUUAUUGAUAGCGGCUUGAAAGGAAAUGGCUAUAGUGCAUUUUUUCAUAAGUUUAUUUCAGGAAUAUGGGAUCUUUCUCCUAUCAAGGUAUUCAUGUGCAGGCAAAAAUUGAGUUAUGUAAAGAGAAAGUAGUUUUAUUUAGAUUUUAUGGGAGUUUUCAAAGUAAACGUAUAGAAGGUAUUUCAUUCAUUUGCUUUUUAAAUUAAAAAGAACCUAAUAUAUUUCUAUAAUAAGACUCAAACAUAUUUUUUGUUCUGGCUCGUUAAAAUUAAAGGAGAUUUAAACAUCCCUGUAGAGAUGAAGAGGUAUGGGUAGAGAAUGAGAGACAGAAAGAGGAAGAGACUGAAAAAAAACAGAUGUGAAAAAGACAAAAAGAGACAUUUCCACAGAACUUCCUAUAUAGAAAUAAAAUUUAAUUGUGAUGUGUUUUACAACAUCCAUGAGAGAGAUUAUCACAUGUAGACAUUUGUCCUAAGGUACAUAGAAAAUUAAAUCUAGGGCCAAAGAUAGUUUUUUUGUUUUUAAUAUCAGUCUAGUUUAUUAUCAAUAAAUAUAGGGCCAAAGAUUGUUUACACCUAUGUCCAAUCAUUCAUCUUUGGUUAUUUGAGCCACUUUUUUAUUUAAUAUGAAAGAUACCAUGCAGUGUUUUCCUAGACUAUGUAGAGCAUUGCAUAACAUACCAGCUAAACCUGUUGAAAAUAUAUUUUGACAAUUUAAUUAGGGAACCCUACAAAACAUAUUACAUUUAUAAAAUUUUUUUAUACAUUAAAUUAAAUUAAUAUCACCUUACAGUUGAAUUAAGUCUAUCCUUAUUAUUUUAAACACAUAUAAAUAUUACUGCAUUUUGCGUAUUUAUAGAUUAUAGUAUGAAAAGAUGAAUGGUAGGAAGAUUUAUGCGUGAUUUACUAUUAAUGUUUUUAUAAUGCCUGAUUUUUAUGUGAAAUAAAAAAUACUGGCAACUGGUUCCUCAACAUAGUUUCUUCUUAGCAUUUCAAAAAAAUUUACAGUCACUCUUUCUCCUAUUUCAUGGUGAACUAUAAUUUUUUUUAAACAUAACGUUGUCAGGUUUUGUACACAUACAUGUUUUCCCAGAAAUGUCUAAUUUUUACUUUUUGUCAAUUAAAAACAAUAUUUGGAACUAAGAUCUCAUUUAGUACAGUGUAAGUUUGAAGAAAAAUUAGACUUCUAUUUUCAUGUAGGUUACUGUUUGGUAACAAUUAUGAGAUAUCACCUUCCAGAAGGCAUUGUCAUACCAAUAUUUAAAUUACAUAAUCACUGAAAUCACUUCACCUAAUGAUGUUAGGUGACACUUACACUGUAAAAUUUAAGUUAGAAUAAAAUGGAAGCAAACAAAUUUGAGCACAAAUCUAUGUAUACAAUUUGACUGAAAGUCAGAGAAUCAGUUUACCUCUUUGAUUGUUAUAUCGUUUGCAAAACACAUAAGUGACUUGUAGGCUGUUUCUAAAUCCUGAUUGUUAAACCUCAACCCAAAAUGUUCAGCAUGAUUUUAUAGAAUUUUGAAAGCUUUAUUAAAAAGAGUUAAAAUCAAAUACAUAUGUAAAUAAAGCAGUUCAAAAUAGCAAUUUUGGAGAAAUGUUAAUGGAAGUAAUGAAAGGAGAGCCAGCUAAAUUAGAAUAGCCAAGUAAUAGACCUGGUUUAGGACCUAUGUAUAGAGGCCACCAAUUUUUUUAAAUAUCUGUGGUUUAUUAUGUUAUAUUCUUGGAAAAAAACAAUAAUUGCUUCAUAAAAAUAAAUUAAUAGCCAUGAAUAUAAUAAUGCUGUUUACGUAGAAUUCUUUACAAAUUUUCUACAUCUAUGAAUGCUCAUAUUUGAGUUUGAGAUUGUCAUUAAUUAUAUUAUAGUAA